UGUUGGGCUAAACUCUCGUCAUAACAACAGUAAUGGCGGCCGUUGUUCGUUUCUUUCGCCGAGGAGUCAACUCGAAACGUUACUUUUCUGGUACUCAGAGUGCUGUCGGGACUACUCUGUUGAGGUUCUCCCCGAGCUGCAGUUCUCACCCGAAAACACAACGAAGACAUGCGGCUCAUUUUACCUUCUAUCCGGGUUCCGUUCCAACUCAACACGGUCCAACCCAGAAGAUGAACCUGUUCCAGUCUGUUACAAGUGCCUUAGACAACACUCUUGCCACUGAUCCUACUGCAGUCAUCUUUGGAGAAGAUGUGGCGUUCGGUGGUGUCUUCCGAUGCACAGUGGGUCUAAGAGACAAAUACGGUAAGGACAGAGUCUUUAACACCCCUUUGUGUGAGCAAGGGAUUGUGGGAUUUGGUAUUGGCGUAGCUGCUGCAGGUGCCACAGCCAUUGCUGAGAUCCAGUUUGCUGACUAUAUCUUUCCUGCUUUUGACCAGAUCGUCAAUGAAGCAGCCAAGUACCGCUACCGAUCUGGCAACAUGUUUGACUGUGGCAACCUCACUAUUCGGGCCCCGUGGGGAUGUGUUGGACAUGGAUCACUUUACCACUCACAGAGCCCUGAAGCCUUCUUUGUUCACUGCCCCGGGCUCAAGGUGGUAAUACCUCGUGGUCCAGUACAGGCCAAAGGACUGCUCCUGUCUUGUAUUGCUGACAAGAACCCGUGCCUAUUUUUUGAACCAAAGAUCCUUUACAGAGCGGCGGUGGAGCAGGUUCCGGUGGAGCCAUAUACAGUCCCACUCUCACAGGCCGAGAUCCUGCAAGAAGGAAGUGAUGUCACAUUAGUUGCCUGGGGAACACAGGUCCAUGUGUUGAGGGAGGUAGCCGGUAUGGCUCAGGAGAAACUCGGGGUGUCCUGUGAGGUCAUUGAUUUACAGACCAUCCUACCCUGGGACGUUGAAACUGUUUGCAAGUCCGUGGUGAAGACUGGACGUUUGCUCAUCAGUCACGAAGCUCCAGUAACUGGAGGGUUUGCGGCUGAAAUCAGCUCAGCGAUACAGGAGGAGUGUUUCUUAAACCUGGAGGCUCCCAUCACCAGAGUCUGUGGCUAUGAUACUCCUUUCCCUCACAUCUUUGAACCCUUCUACAUCCCUGACAAGUGGAAGUGCUUCGACGCCAUUAAGAAGAUGAUCAACUACUGACCUCCUCUUAGGACACUUAUUUGAAUCCGGGCCAACUCCUGGUAGUCCUGAACUCUGCACUCUCCUCUUUCCUCUCUGUCAGUCCCACUCGGUGGAGGGCAGCCAGGAAAAGACACUUUGUUGACCAUCCAAUCGGGAAGCAGUAUCCAGAUGGACUCCAUGUCCCUCUUGGUCUCCAGUGAAAAGACUCUUAAAGUACCUCUGGAUUAGGUAACCUUAUUCCAUUGCAAAGGGGAAAAUGACAACUGUGGGAGUGGCUUGAUCUAUUUCUAUGUGUCGAUACUGUACUUUGGCUUCAGGUUGGCUGCAAAAUACACCUAAAUUAAUUUCCGUUUCUGAGGUAAGUUGGAAACUAUGGGGAAAAACAGACCAAGAUGAGAUUGUGGCCGUCUGGCUCUGUGUGCUGUUACUUGUGAUUGAUUUUGUUGCUGCUCUAGUCUUUAUUUAGUUUGACAUCAGCUGAACCAUAUUGUACUAAUAUAACCGGCCCGUGGUUCUUAAAUAAAAUAAACUCGUCUGAGUCUGUGGUUACUUGGA